CAAACCACGAUCUCUAUCGCCUCUCCAAGCCAACCACCAAGGUUCAGCGCAUCACUCGUUCUAGCAUCGAUCUCGCUGCCAAGCUUACCGCAGCAGAAGUCACGCUCGCCUACUACAUUCAGUGAUUGUGGUCAUCAUUGAGUCCCACCGUCUCUAUUGCGCACACAGCCGGCAGGUCGAAGUGGCCUUAAGAAGUGGUCCUUAGGGAAUAGGUUCUGGCAAAGAUGGCUAACCCAUUCAGUGAUCGCAGCGCGCUAGACGCUAACCCUUUUGCGGACCCCGCAGUCCAGGGCGCCCUUUCCAGUGGGCAGAGGACGUUCGAGCCGGAUGAGCCGUACAAUUACGGUGGUGGUGGAGCUUCAGUAUCUACGCCAAAGUCGGCAUUCGACGAUGAUGCGCCAGAGUACCCCUCUAGCGCUGCCAGAGGCACAGGCGGUGGACAAAGCUCCGCCCAAAUGGAGGAGAUUCGGAGAAGGGAGGAGGCUCUCGCUCGAAGGGAGGCUGAAUUAGAACAGCGUGCAGAGACUAUCAGAAAGGUUGGCAGGAAUAACUGGCCCUUCUUCUUUCCAUUGAUUUAUCAUGACAUCUCAUCCGAGAUCCCUCCGGCCAGCCAGCAGGUCGUGACGCACCUGUACUGGCUAUGGCUGUUGCUGCUAGCAACUUUGAUUGUAAAUGUGGUCGCAUGCGUAUUCUUGAUCGGGCGCGGAGCGGAUGGCAUCAAGGAUAUCAUCACGUCAGCGAUCUACCUUCCUGUGAUUGGAGUGCUCAGCUUCUUGACAUGGUACAGGCCGAUCUACAAUGGCUUCAUGAAAGAACACUCCAUUUUCUAUUACUUGUACUUUGUCUGCGGCUUUCAUCUGGUCUUCUCUUUGUAUCUUGUCCUAGGCAUUCCUGCCACUGGUUCUGCAGGCUUGAUGAACACCAUUUACUCCUUCACUGACGACAAUCACAGGAGCAUUGUGGCGGGCAUCCUCGGUAUCAUUGUCACGAUUGGCUUCGCCGCUCAGGGCUUGGGCAAUUUGUGGUACUACCGCCUCAUCUGGAAGCACAACAAAGAGCAGGGCCACACUUUCGCGCAAGCAAAGUCCGAAUUUGCUACGCAUGGAGCAAAAGCUUACUUUUCGCGCGGCAACAACGUCUGAAUCUUGAGGUUCAGUCGACGUCUGAAUCUGGAGUUCCAAUUGCUCUUGUGGUUGUCAAGUCAGCGCCCCGGCCUGCGCUCCGUCAAGGCCUUGGCAUCAUGUCAUGUCACCUCGGAAACGGCAGUGCUUGUCUACGUCUCCUGCUAUACGCUGCCUGUACAAAUCGCGUUUCUGGCCAUGGCUUGCGAAUUCUAUCGAAGAGAAAUGUCGUAUGAUUGUCACUCAAGACCUCCUGUCAAACUCACCACUUCCUGA